CAAUCAUUCAUCCAGGCAUUUGGAGGGAAGAGAUAUAAAUGUUCGGAUGAUCUCGUCAGCUGAUUUUCUGAAGCUGCCAGCGCAGCAGCAUUAUUUGAUCACCUCCUUAUGCCAGCGCAAUAGUUGGAAGGCAGAAAUGAAGACCAGCAUCGUGAGCACCUUGCUGUUCUUGCUAACAUAUAGCCAUGCAAUGGAGAGAGGACGAGAUUAUUUAAAGGAUAAGAUCUGUCAGCAGUUCAGCACCAUGGGAAAAGAGAAAUUCCAUGCCCUAACAUUGGUCUUGAACAGCAAAAAAUAUUGCCAGGCAACCUUCGAGGAAGUUAACAGUAUUGUGAGUGAGAUUGUUGCCCUUGCAGAAAAAUGUUGUGUCGAAGGAGCCAGUGAGGAUUGCUAUCUUACCGAGUCUUCAGCUCUCUCCGCCAAAUCCUGCGCUGAAAAUUCUCCUUUUCCUAAGCUUCCGGGGACGGCUGCUUGCUGCGCCCAAGAAGGCCUGGCUCGAAAGCUGUGCUUGGCUGCCCUGAAGCACCCGCCCAAGGAGUUCAUGACAUACGUGGAGCCACAAGGGGAUGAAGUGUGUGAGGCCUUCAAAAAGGACCCCAAGGAAUUCACAGACAGGUUUCUGUACCAGUUUUCUUCGGACCAUAGCUGUACCCCAUUGCCAUUGCUGCUGGCUUACACAAACAGCUACUUAUCCACGGUUGGAAGUUGCUGCAACCAGAAACAACCGUCAGUCUGCCUUUUAAGAGAGGCUCUGCAGAAGGCAUCCCUACGGACCCUGAUGCAUCUGUCCAACAAGGCAUGCUCCCGCUAUGCUUUCCUUGGGCAAAACAAAACAAGACUCAGCUACCUCAUAACACUUACCCAGAGAAGUCCAAAUGCUUUAUUAGAGGAUGUCUUAUAUUUAGCUGAAGAUGCUUCCAAUUUGCUCUCCAAGUGCUGUGAUUCAUUGGAAGGAGAUUGCAUCCAGUCUGAGUUGUUCGCGUUCACCCUCAAACUCUGCAGUAAACUCUCCGCUCACGACCAAAGGGUUGCUGACUGCUGCAGCCAGCACGGCAACUGCACAAUCUAUCAGUGCAUCGACUCCCUCCCCUGGGACAAGCUCCCCAAAAGUCUGGAUUUAACACCAACAAAUCACGAAGCCAUCUGUGGUAAAGGGCAACAGCAGGAAUUCGAUCGCAUGAUCUUUCACUUUGCUCGCACAUUUACACGUGCUCCAGAGGGCAUCCUCACUCUCAUGAAUGAUGCUGUCCAAAAGGUAGCGGACAUGUGUUGCCAGGCCGAAGAUGUCCGUGCUUGUUUUGAUGCGAAGAAUCCAGAGGCAACAGCCGAUAUAUUAGAAAUGCUUUCCAAAGGAGCUGAGCUGUGCAAUGAUUACACAGAUCACAGUUUCCAAGAAUUUAAGAACAGGCUACGAGAGAGCUAUCUGAAGAAGUUUCCCACUGCUACAGAAGAUGCUGUUUCUGCACAGGUGGAGCAGAGGGCCAAUUUCGCAUCCAUUUGCUGCCAUCUGAAUGCGCCUCCAUCAUAUUGCGGCAUGAAGGCGCCUUAGAAGACCUUCCGCUCCGCACAAACCCAAGGUUUUCCUGAGCCAUCCAAGCUGACCAGCUCAACGCCUUGUGCCUAUUGAAUCCUUAAUAAAACCUACAUUUCCAUCGCUGCGGAAAGAAUGCACAUGAUUUCAACAGCAUAUGCUUUAAAUUGUUUCACCUCAGUAGGUUCAUGUAGGCAGAGAACAUUGUGAAAAACUGAAAAUGUAGCUCAUUUCCAACACCCUGGUCCCGCUGAGAAUGCGGGACCAGACAGGAAAAGUAAAAAUAAAGGGUGAGUUUCUGCAUGG